GUCGAGUUGCACAAAUUUAUUUCAACAAAAUAAUCAGAAUAAUGGAUAAAUUUAUCAAAAAGCUCGUUCGGUUGGUCUCCAUGGAGUCUUCUUUUAUAAGCAAGAACUAUAUAAUCUCUGGAUUGGUCUUGAUCUUGUGGAUUGCAAUCUGUAUUCGAUUUUCUAUGCUUGAACGCCUUCACCGUUUAAAAACUGCCAUCUUGAGAAGCCUUUACAAUUAUGAUGAGGAGGAUGAAGGCCCCGACGAUGAAGGAUUUAUAGAGGAUGAUGAUCUGUUCAGGGACCUGAACCCGGAGCAGAGCGUUGAGCUACACCGUCGCCAGCGAUUUGAGGCAGCUGCUGCGGUGUUGGAAAAUGCGGAAAAUAAAGAACGUAAUGAAAGACCCAAAAAACGCGCACCAGCCAGGCGAAGGAAAACUAUCAGUUAA